GCAACCUUCUUGCUGUGAAGCGACAGCGCUACCCACUUUGCCACCGCAUCACCCCUAAAAGAUCGUUCAGACUCAGAUCAUUAAUAAAACAGAAAUAAUAAAUGAUUUCUAGUGCCGCCAGGAACCCAUUGAUCCUGGUGUGACCCGGUGGUUGAGGACCACUGGCAUAAUACAUUUGUGAAUAAAGCAGGGUUUGCAUCCAAUGAGUCAAGCAGAACUAAAUUGUCACGUCAUGAUAAACUAGCAGCAAAUAUCAGACAGAAAAAUGUAGUUUUGUGCGGUGGGAGGAGCCAAUGUGGGCUGUUUUUCUUCUAUAAUUAAUUGCGGAUCAGAAGAUGAAACACAAUGAAUGCAAUGUGGUGGCUUUUGGGAGCGUGAGAUGCUCAAGCAGUUCUUGAGGUAAUACUAAAAUAAUAAUAAUAAUACUGAACCACUGUGAUGACAGACUUUGGCUGAGGCAUUUUAGAAAGUCCAAAGCAACAUUUCAGAUGUUUUACAAUGUGGUUUGUCCAUUAAUGCAUCCAAUCACACACAUUUUAAUCAUCUCAUUGUUGGGGAACGUACAGUAUUAAUCCAAAAAUCACCGAUGUGUCAGAUGAAGAAGAACCAGAGUCAAAGUUUACUGAAGAUAGCUUGCAGUUUCAUCAGUAGAAGCCAGCUUCAACACUCAGUUCAUAGCCUCCUGUGCUUACAAUCUCAAAACAACAGCAAUUAUACUCUCACAGAACAUUAUAACGGCAAUAAGGGCCAAGUGGGAAGAGUUUUGCUGCAGACAAGCGGAAAGUUUGUGUGUAAAACUCUUAAGCAGGUUACGGAUGAAGAAACAUCGUCUAAAACUUUGACAGCAGCUUCAUUGUGGGAUUUAGAUCAGCCUAAAGAUGGAGUUCCUCACCAAACAACAUGAUCUGAAGCUUUUAUUAUUAGAGACAUUUGAUUAGUCAUUUUGCUUCAAUUUAUAUAAUUAUGCAAAUUAUCAAAAUGCAAAGCUUAUGUUUUAUAUCAUGUUGAAUUAUGCAUAUUAAUCACCUGUAAUUGUUCAUGUUUAUUCAUUAGAGGUUUUUCAACAUGAGGCUACAGUUUUAAGAUAAAAACUAAUAUUUAUUAAACUUAAUCCUUAUGAUUUUUGAAACUGGAUACCAACAGUGAUAUAUUAUUUCAUUAUUAUGACCUAGCAUACAUGUUUAAAUGUUACUUUUUAUUAGCCAUCUUUCAAUAUUUUGUUAAAACUGUUUAUUUCCUAAAAUUUAGUAGUUACUUCAGGAAAAGAUCAUUUAAUUUUACACUGUCAUGUCUGUCAGAUGAAUGAUCACAAAUGUUUCAAAUUUAGCUACUUUUAAAGUGCCAAAUAAACAGUAUUUUACCUCACGAUUAAGGUUUUUGUCCUCAUUAUCAAAUGUUUUGGCUUCUCAACAGUUGAUUUGGCGCGUUUGUUUACGUUCCUCCGUUGCUUCCUCGCCGUGAUGACGUCAACACUGACGCGGUCAUUCAGCGUCGAGUCUUCAGAGCUGAGCUCGUCCUCCUUCAGUUCAGCUGUAAAUACUGGAAUAUUCCCAUCAGUCUACAAGUGAAGACGAACAUCAGACCAUCAGGAAGAAGAGAAAUCUGCAAAGACAAAGAUGAGUGAUCCAGAACCCUGCAAAAUUAAACAGGAAGAGACUGAACAAUUAAUAGAUGUGAUGGUAAAGGAGGAGAGUGAAGAACUGAGUGAAGAUGAGGAGAAACAUCAUGUCAAGAGUGAAGAAGAAACUCAAUCAGAGACUGAACAUAGUAUGUUAGCGGAAAGAACAGCAGUUACAGGUUUGACCUGCACUCAGUGUGGAAAGAGUUUCAAGAGUAAAAAAUCUCUGAAUAAUCACAUGAGGAUCCACACUGAAAAGAAAUCCAGUAAUUCAGGAAACCUGAAAACACACGAAAGGUCUCACACUGUAGAGAAACCUUACAAGUGUUCAAUCUGCGGCAAGAGUUUCAGUCGUUCAGGACGCUUUAAAAUACACGAGAGGACUCACACUGGAGAGAAACCGUACAAGUGUUCACACUGUGAGAAGAGAUUCAGUAAUCCAGGAAACCUGAAAUUACACGAGAAUAUUCACUCUGCAGAGAAACCGUACACGUGUUCACACUGCGGCAAGAGUUUCAGCCGUUCAGGACGCUUUAAAAUACACAAGAUGAUCCACACUGGAGAGAAACCGUACAAGUGUUCACACUGCGAGAAGAGAUUCAGUAAUCCAGGAAACCUGAAAUUGCACGAGAAUAUUCACUCUGCAGAGAAACCGUAUCGCUGCACUGAAUGUGGGAAGAGUUCACGACAUUUAUCUUCUCUACGAAGACACACAAAAAAAUUUCACAGCCCAAUGGUGAAGAAGGAGGAAAGUGUCACUUGUCAAUAUCUGUGCUCUUUGUGCGGAAAGAUUUUUACGCAACAAUCCAGUUUAAACACACAUCAGCGGACGCACACUGGAGAGAGACCGUACACAUGUACUCACUGUGGGAAGAGUUUCACACAAUCAGCAAACCUUCACAGGCACCUGAGAAUCCACACUGGAGAGAGACCACACAAAUGUAAUAAGUGCGGCAAAUCAUUUUUGAGUUCUUCAGGUCUGAUAAGACAUCUUGGAGUUCAUACAUAUGGGAAGCCUUAUUCGUGUUACAUGAAGGAUCACUCUACAAGUGAAGACGAGCAUCAGACCAUCAGGAAGAAGAGAAAUCUGCAAAGACAGAGUUUAUUGAAGGACAGUGAGAAGAUGAGUGAUCCAGAACCCUGCAGAAUUAAACAGGAAGAGACUGAAAAACUAAUAGAUGUGAAGGAGGAGAGUGAAGAACUGAGUGAAGAUGAGGAGAAACAUCAGGUCAAAAGUGAAGAAGAAACUCAAUCAGAGACUGAACAAAGUAUUUUAGUUGAAAGUACAGCAGUUAAAGGUUUGACCUGCACUCAGUGUGGAAAGAGUUUCAGGGACAAACACAUUCUCAAGCAUCACAUGAGGAUCCACACUGGAGAGAGACCUUACAAGUGUUCACACUGCGACAAGAGAUUCCGACAUUCAGGACACAUGAAAACACACCAGAGGACUCACACUGGAGAGAAACCGUACACGUGUUCACACUGCGGCAAGAGUUUCAGUCAUUCAGGACGCUUUAAAAUACACAAGACGAUCCACACUGGAGAGAAACCGUACAAGUGUUCAUACUGUGAGAAGAGAUUCAAUAACUCAGGACACCUGAAAACACACGAGAAGAUUCACACUGGAGAGAAACCGUAUUGCUGCAGUGAUUGUGGGACGAGCUUCUCACAAUCAUCUUCUCUACGAAGACACACACAAAACUUUCACAACCCGAUGGUGAAGCUGGAGGAAAGUGUCAAUAGUCAACAUUCAUGCUCUGAGUGUGGAAAGAGUUUUACUCAACAGUCCAGUUUAAACAGACAUCGGCGGACGCACACUGGAGAGAGACCGUACACAUGUGCUCAUUGUGGGAAGAGUUUCACAGAAACGGCAAACCUUAACAGGCACCUGAGAAUCCACACUGGAGAGAGACCACACACAUGUGAUCAAUGCGGCAAAUCAUUUUUGAGUUCUUCAGGUUUGAAGAGACAUCUUGGAGUUCACACAAAUGGGAAGCCUUAUUCGUAUUAGUGUGGAAAGAGUUUUAUUAAACCCGGAAGCUUGAAGGAAACUGGGAAACUGUACAAGUGUUACCACUGGAGAUUUUGUUGGUCAGUAAGCCUGAAAAAACAGGAGAGGAUUCACACUGGAAAGAAAUUGUACACACUUUUUUAUUUUUUUUAUGAUUAUUUUUUUCUCAACUUUGUUUUUAUUGAUUUUAAUUAUAAUACAAAACUCAACAAACAGUACAGAAUGUUAA